AGCGGAAACUCGUCACGUCGCAGUUGCCCCCGCACGGCGGAUGUGUGUCGCCGCGUAGGUGACGCUGGGAAGUGCUCGCAGCCUCUGCCGCUGCCUUCUGGUUGUAGCACUAUGGAGGGAGAGAGGAAGAACAGCAACAAGCGGUGGUAUUUUACUCGAGAACAGCUGGAGAACAGCCCAUCCCGCCGGUGUGGCCUGGACCCCGAUAAAGAACUUUCUUAUCGCCAGCAGGCGGCCAAUCUGCUUCAGGACAUGGGUCAACGUCUUUUCGUCUCGCAGCUGACCAUCAACACCGCUAUAGUAUACGUGCAUCGAUUCUACAUGAUCCAAUCCUUCACUCAGUUCCAUCGAAAUUCUGUGGCUCCAGCAGCCUUGUUUCUAGCAGCUAAAGUAGAAGAACAGCCAAAAAAAUUGGAACAUGUCAUCAAGGUGGCACAUACUUGUCUCCGUCCACAGGAAUCGCUUCCUGAUACCAGAAGUGAGGCUUACUUACAACAAGUUCAAGAUCUGGUGAUUUUAGAAAGCAUAAUUUUGCAAACUUUAGGCUUUGAACUAACGAUAGAUCACCCACAUACACAUGUGGUCAAGUGCACUCAGCUUGUUCGAGCAAGCAAGGACUUAGCACAGACGUCUUACUUCAUGGCAACUAACAGCCUGCAUUUGACCACAUUUAGCCUGCAGUACACACCUCCUGUGGUGGCCUGUGUCUGCAUUCACCUGGCUUGCAAGUGGUCCAACUGGGAGAUCCCAGUCUCAACUGAUGGGAAGCACUGGUGGGAGUAUGUUGACGCCACUGUGACCCUGGAACUUUUAGAUGAACUGACACACGAAUUUCUACAGAUUCUGGAGAAAACUCCCAGCAGGCUCAAACGUAUUCGGAAUUGGAGGGCAUGCCAAGCAGCCAAUAAAACAAAAGCAGAUGACCGAGGAGCAGAUGAAAACACUUCAGAGCAGACAAUUCUAAACAUGAUUUCCCAAAGCUCUUCAGAUACAACUAUUGCAGGUUUAAUGAGUAUGUCAGCGUCUUCUACCACAAGUGUAGUGCCUUCCCUUCCAGUAUCUGAAGAGUCAUCUAGCAACUUAACCAGCGUGGAGAUGUUGCAGGGCGAGCGUUGGCUGUCCUCCCAACCUGCUUUUAAACUAGAACCUGCUCAGGGUCAUCGGACUAGUGACAAUGUAGCACUUAUAGGAGCUGAUCAUUCCUUGCAACAGGACAGUUCAAAUACAUUCAUUUCCCAGAAACAAAGUAGUAAGAGUGUUCCAUCAGCUAAAGUGUCGCUGAAGGAAUACCGUGCCAAGCAUGCGGAAGAGCUGGCGGCUCAGAAGAGGCAACUGGAGAACAUGGAGGCCAACGUGAAGUCACAGUAUGCGUAUGCUGCCCAGAAUCUGUUGUCUCACCAUGAUAGCCAUUCUUCAGUCAUUCUGAAGAUGCCUGUGGAAGGCUUAGAGAACCCUGAGCGGUCUUUUCUGGAAAAGGCCGACAAAACAGCUCUCAAAAUGAGACUACCAGUGGCAAGUGGAGAUAAAACUGCCUCUUCAAAACCAGAGGAAAUUAAAAUGCGCAUUAAAGUUCAUUCUGCCGCUGAUAAGCACAAUUCUGUAGAGGACAGCAUUACAAAAAGCCGAGAGCACAAAGAAAAGCACAAGACUCACCCAUCUAAUCAUCACCAUCAUCACAAUCACCACUCUCAUAAGCACUCUCACUCACAGCUUCCAGCUGGUACUGGGAACAAACGUCCAGGUGACCCAAAACACAGUAGCCAGUCAAGCACCUUACCACAUAAAACCUAUAGCUUGUCUAGUUCUUUUUCCUCUUCUAGUUCUAGUCGUAAGAGAGGCCCUUCUGAAGAGACGGGGGCAGUGUUUGAUCAUCCAGCCAAGGUUGCCAAGAGUACUAAAUCAUCUUCCAUAAAUUUCUCCUUCCCUCCUCUUCCUGCAAUGGCCCAACUGCCUGGGCAUAGCUCAGACACAAGUGGCCUUCCCUUCUCACAGCCCAGCUGUAAAACUCGAGUUCCUCAUAUGAAACUGGAUAAAGGCCCUGCUGGGGCCAAUGGACAUAAUACAGCUCAGACAAUAGACUAUCAAGAUACUGUGAAUAUGCUUAACUCCCUGCUCAGUGCCCAGGGUGUUCAGCCUGCGCAACCCCCAUUUGAAUUUGUGCAUUCUUAUGGUGAAUAUCUGAAUCCACGAGCUAGUGGAAUAUCCUCCAGAGCUGGCAAUACAGACAAACCCCGGCCACCACCUCUGCCAUCGGAACCUCCUCCACCACUUCCACCGCUUCCUAAGUAAAGAAGGAAAAAGGAGGAAAAAAACUUGUUUCAAAAACAUGCUUUUUUUUUUUUUUUU